ACUUCCUCAAUUUAUCCUUAAGUGAUUAGAGUGACACCCAGUAGCUCAAGGGUCUCCCUACAGCUUAGCUUCAGCUCAUGGAAGACCACCCUUUGGAAACUUUUGAGGUGUGAUUUGCAUGCAACAUUUUUCAAGGAGACAGAUGAGUCUCAUCAGGGGCACUCAAGUUUGCACUGUAAAGUCUUUCCUGAAAAACUUAUGACCAGACUUUUUUUUUUUUUACCGCUUAUUAAAAACAUGGACAGGUUUAUAGGGAAAUCUUGACCAAGUUCUUCCCUGUGAGUGCCAGCACACUGGCUGGACCGGAGGAAUGCCACAAACUAAGCGGAAAACCACCAGUCUGUCUCUGAUCAUUGGGUCCUCAGCCUAUGAAGAGUUUAACAGCAGCAGCAAAGAACAUCACAGUUAUUCCACUUUAAUUCAGCCCAUGUCCACUGACCCUGAAAGAAUGCAAAGUCCAUCAAAAGCCCAGACUGGUCCUGCCUAUGAAGCAGCCCCUGUGUUCAUAAAGGGCCUACAGAACAUUAGAGCUCUCAAAGGCCAGCUGGUAGUAUUUGAAUGCCGAAUACGAGCAGCACCCACACUUCAAGUUCACUGGUACAGAGGGUACAAUCAAAUAAUCGAUUCUGCAGACUUCCGAAUAUUAAGAAAAAAGGCUUGCUCAUCCCUGGUCCCUGGUAAGUAAAUUUAAGUA